AUGUCUCAGUUCAACAUCACUUUUGGACUGGGGAUAGUGGAAACAGUGAUGUUUUCCACUAUGUCCACAUUACCAUGCUGUGUGUUUCUCUUCAUUAAUGGGACCAUGUUAUUCACCUUGAGGAGUAAGUCUGUGUUUCGUGAGACCUCCCGUUAUGUUCUUCUGUAUAACCUCCUGUUUGCAGACACUGUACUGCUGGUACAGGGUCAGUUACUGUACAUAAUUGCUGCUUGUAGAGUAAUGCUGACAUAUCCUGUAUGUGGUGUUCUCACCAUGCUUUCCAGUCUCACAACUGUGAUCUCUCCUCUCACACUGGUGGUGAUGUCUCUGGAGAGAUAUGUGGCUGUGUGCUACCCACUAAGACACGCUACCAUCAUCACUAUCAGAAACACAGGCCUGGCUAUCGUUGUGGUUUGGGCCUUCAGUUCACUAAAUGUCCUCAUUCGAGUUCUUUUACUGCUAGAUUUUCCAUUUGAGGACCUGCAGAGCCUGCAGAUGAAAGAGUUUUGCUCCACAGAAAAUAUGCUGCUUGGCACAAUGUCUGACGAUUAUAACAAAGUCUUCACUUAUUUUCUGUUCAUAUUGGCUUGUGUGGCAAUCAUUUCCUCAUAUAUUGGUGUGGUGGUAGCAGCCAGGUCAGCCUCCACAGACAAAGCUUCGGUCCGUAAGGCUCGUAACACACUGCUGCUGCAUCUGGUGCAGCUGGGCCUCAGUCUGUCCUCAGCUAUUUACAACCCAUUGCUGAUAGUUAUUUCAAAGGUCUUGCACAAGAUAGUACUGGUGCGCAUUCAGAUUGUUGUGUAUGUGUGUGUUGUCAUCUUUCCCAGAUGUCUUAGUGCUUUCAUCUAUGGUAUCAGAGACCAGACCAUCAGACCCAUCUUCAUAUGCCAUCUCUGCUGUCAGCUGAAACUGUCAGUUAUUGCAGCCAAGGCUGUGGUCUCAGUGCAGGAUUUAUGGAAGGCAUCUUAA